AUGGAGAAGUUGGGCCCUGAGAUUUUUGACAUCGCGACCUGGGAAGGCUAUCGUUGCGCCCUGGGCUACGCUGGCGAAAUCCGUUUCCAAUGCAUCACCAGCCCGGUGAGGGAAGGCUGCGGCACCAAGGCAGUGCCCGGAGGCUGCAAAAAGAUGCAAUCCUGCAGUGCUCCCUUGGCGGAUCCUUGUAGUCACGAUGUCUCGGAAUGUGCCAACGUGCCCACAGGAGGCAGCUGUGUGAUUCGAUGCAAAUUUCGUUUCUCGGGCUUCAGCACCAUUGCAAGUUGCCCCAUGGACAACACCAUCGAGAACCGGCCGGUGGACUGGACGCCGCAGAUCUGUCUCUCUUCAGCCUGUCCCAUUCCACGCGUGAUGCCGGAAGGAUACGCGAUUGCCCGGGAUGGCAGCUUCACCUGUGCCCGUGGUUAUGUCCGGCACCAGAUGGGCGUGGUCAGCACCUCCUGUAGCCACGAUCUCAACAACGACUGCGCGGCCAACGACUUGAGCUUCGAAGGGUGUGUACCAAGCCGCAACUGCAACCGAUGUUUGGAUCCAGAUCCACUUCCACCGGGCUAUGUCUGGGACCAAAGCAGCUCCACCUGGCACUGCGAUGUGGGCUAUCGCGGCAUCGUGGCGGAACGCUGCGACAGCUGCACCAAACCUGUGAUCCUGGGUGGCUGCGUUCCAUUGACGCCCUGUUUGCCACCACAGGUGGAGCGGUGUAUGUUUGAUGUACUGGACUGUUGGAACCUUUCCGCUGGCGCAGAGUGCCAGGUCUACGUGCGGAGGCCCUUUGUUGGGAACAACACCGUGGCGCGUUGCCCUCCCAGCAACACGGACUUUGCACAAGAAGCCCUUUGGGACGGUUCCGUGGACAACGCCACCUGUCCAGAUCCGAUUCCGCCAGAUGGAUAUGUCAAGGUGAAUGGGGAAUGGACCUGCAACGUGGCCACGCAUCGUGGAACGGCGGAGCUCCGCUGUCAAGCACUGGACAGGUGCUUGCGUGAGCCUGAGUUGGUGGGCUGUCGGAGAUUGCAGCAGUGUGUUGCACCAGAUCUGCCCGAUCCCUGUGCCGUGGAAUCGGGCUGUCAGGGAACCCUACCAGGAGAGGAUUGCAAUGUGACCUGCCGAGAGCCUUACGUGGGUGACUAUGUGGUGGCAAGUUGUGAUGCGGACAACAUCCGACCAAACGCCAAGGUGGAGGUGGAUUCGUUCCCCCAAUGCACUCUGCGCUGUCCAGACCCAGCAGUGACUCCGGAGGGCUAUGCCAAGGUGAAUGGAGAAUGGCAAUGCGCGGAAGGCUUUGGAGGAAUUCCGGCCAUCUCCUGUGUUCGUACCAGUAGCGAAAACCGUUCGGAUUGUCGAUUGAACAUCACCAUGAGUGGAUGUUUGCCACUGGUAUCGUGUGCGCGACCCGUGGUGGACUCAUGUUCCACUUACAUCCCAGAGGAAUGCAACUUCACGGCGGGUUCCUCCUGUUGGGUCUUCUGCGGCGAACACUUCCGCAUGCAGCAGAAGGCCAGCUUUCCGCAGAUCGAUUGGGAAGAAGAUCUGAAUCUCAGCAUCAUUCCAGAGUGGUUCAGUUAUGGAGAGAUUGUGCCAUACGCCAUCGCUGUAUGUCCUGCCAAUAACACUGCGCCCAAUGCCAUCCCACUCUGGAGCCCUGCUCCAAGAUGUGUCUUGGAUUGCCCCUAUCCCAGCUAUGUUCCACCAGGUUACAGGGAAAGGCAGCGCUUCAACCGAUGGCGCUGCGACGAGGGCUACACCGGCACUGCCAUCUUGGAUUGCACUUUGUGGGAGAACUGCUCUGUGACCUCCUGGUUGUCCGGCUGCGAUGAGCUGGUGCCAUGCGCGCUUCCGGCGGUCGAGGAUCCCUGCGUUUACGACUUCGAGUCCUUCAACUGUAGCAGUGUCAUGGGAGGAGAGACAUGCGAGGUGAAGUGUAAGCUGCCAUACACCGCAGAGGGACCUGCCACUGCCACCGCAAGCUGUCCGGAGUUGAAUAUCGACCCACAGCAUCCCUUAGCUUGGCAGCCGCACAUGUGCAACUACACUUGCAGUGAUCCGGAUCCCAUCCCCGCAGGAUAUCUGAAAUCCACCGCAGCCCAGAUCAGCAUUGGAGUCCCGGAAUGGAUCUGUGCAUCUGGCUACAGUGGGGAGGCAGUGGCCAGCUGUAACAUCGAUGAGAACUGCCUGGCGAUCAUCGCACUGUCGGGAUGUUUGCCCAUCGUUCCCUGCGUGAUGCCUGAUGUGGACACCUGCAUGUACGACUUGUCGGGCUGCACCGCGAUGCUGCCGGGGCAGUUUUGCUUCGUGGGCUGUUUGGCGCCUUACGCCCUGAUUGGCGACAGCACCUUCGCAUCCUGUUCGGCCACCAACACGGUGGCAUCAACGGCGUGCUGCGCGGUGCCGUUGCGCAGCGCAGACGCCGACGGAGAAGACGCCGGUGCUGGCAGUGGACAGGAUGGAAAUGUGGAGCGCAGCUUGUGGCUAAGCGCCCUGGUCCCUACGGUCCCCACUGUGGCGCACGCCGAGAUGUCACUGUCGACGCUGACGCCGGAAACCUUGCAGAACGCCAAGGGGAAGGUGGCCAUCAUCACGGGCGCCACCAGUGGUGUGGGUCUGGAAGCUGCACGAGUUCUGGCGGCCAAUGGUGCUGACGUCUAUGUCACGGGCCGCACGCUGGAGAAAGCGAAGACUGCCGUGGCAGAUGUCGCAACAACGGCCACUGGACAGGUGGUUCCACUGGAACUGAACCUGGCUUCUUUGGCUUCGGUGCGCAGCUUCGCGGAACAGUGGACAUCAUCCAUCAGGAGGCCGGUGGACAUUUUGGCGUGCAACGCUGGCUUGGCGCUGGGUCAAGAUCAGACGGAGCCACAGUUCACGGAAGAUGGCUUUGAAGUGACAGUUGGCACCAACCACCUGGGUCACUUUCUGCUGGUGAAUUUGAUGGAGCCCAGCUUAUCCCCAACAGCUCGCGUGGUGGUUACGGCCUCCUCGGUGCAUAACCCGGCCACCGGGGAUCCGGGGAAGCAGGCGACCCUGGGCGAUUUGUCAGGCUUGGGCAAAGACAAAGUUGGAAUGGUGGAUGGAUCCACCUUUGAUGCGGGGAAAGCUUACAAAGAUUCCAAGCUCUGCAACGUGCUCUUCACCUUGGAGCUCGCUCGCCGCUUGAAGAAGAAGGGCUCGGCCAUCACUGCGAACUGCUUUAGCCCAGGUUUGAUCCCUUCCAGGACCUUUUUUCGCUACCAAAACCAGACCUUCAGCUCCGUCUUCGCCUUUGCGGCGGAAAACGUGUUGAAGAUCGCGGAGACGCCGCGCUUCGGCGGCGAAACUUUGGUCUUCAUGGCGCUGGAUGCAGGGCUGGGCGGCACCAGCGGGCGCUUCUUUUCGGCGAUUCCUCCUGGAAAACAUCAAUUUCUGGAGGACACCCCCUCCGAAGAAGCGCGCAACGAGGAUGAGGUCGUUGGAUGGUGUCUGGCACGUCUUUCGGUCACCGGGAAGCGACGUCAAAAUGAGGAAAUCUUCAACAACCACAUGUUGUGCACGUGCAGCGGAACUUUGGAAGCGUUCGGCAGCGCUGGUAGGGCUCUGAUGCGAAUCGAUUUCGGGGAGGAAAAGAGGACACCUCCAGUCUGUGACUGCCCUGGCCCUACCACGUUGCCUGCGGGCUAUGACCGCUCAGUGUCCAACAGUUUGACCAGCUACUCCUGUCUCAGUGGUUACGUGGGUGAACCCGUGGUAAACUGCUCCAUCAUGGGCGAGAGCUGUUUCACUGAAGCCCAGUUCGGGGGGUGUAUCCCGACGAUCGCCUGUGAAAUUCCAUCCUUGGACCCAUGCAGAGUGGACUUCAGUGCCUGUGGGAGUGAGGUGGACUGCAGGGCGGCCAAAAAUCCGGUUUCAAAAUGGUGGGAUAUCCCAAGUUCUGGCGAUUUCACUUGGGAAAAAUGCUGA